AAACACGCAGUAAUCUGAGACUUUGGACGCAUGCCACGGGUCCGGGAUAUAACUGCACCCACCUAACCAUUUAAGGUCGGAGAAAGACUCUGUGCACUGUGUGGUAUUUCAAUCAGCAAGCACAACAGGAAUAUUCAACCCUCUGUUCUCUGUCUUCCCCCUUUCGAGAACAUUCGGUGCAGUUUAUUCGUCAGAGGAUCAUUUGACGUGAAGCACGCAGGAGAAAAUAAAACCAGGAUUGCGCACAAAGGAACACUUUGGGGUUUUUGUGGGGCGCUAUAGGUAUCUCAGAUCUUUUGUGAAUGUCACAUUCUUUUUUUGCAACACAUGCUGUGUGCAAAUUGUCGUGUUUUGCACAAUUGGCGGUAAUGUUAUUUUGCAUAGGCUAUUAGUACAAGUGUAAAGGCGUGUCGAUUAGUUACCCAAACAUCUCAUCAUCAGAUGGUCGUUGUCUUUGAUGUCCCCCCUUUUGUGUGUGCUUGGGACGACUGCAGGUCCAAUUUAUCAACGUUGCGCAAGAAUCGUCCAAUGUAACAUUGUUUCGCUUUUGUGUUUCGUCGCUGUUUGUGUUGACUUUGUCAAUCUGACACAUAGCCAAAAGCAACACUGGUGUCAGAAUAUAACAGUAAAAACCUGAAAUGUGUUCACCACACCGUUUCCUGACGUCCAGUACAGCGCACGAGCGGGUCACGAGGCCAUUUUGUGGCUCUCGUCUGUUCAGAGGAAAAUCCUCUUUGUCUUCGUAACCUGCGGACGUCAGCUUUUUCCGAGCUACAGCUUAAACCUGAAUAAAGAAGCACAUAGUCCGUGUUUUUGCUUAGAUUUUGUUGUUAGGCUACUCAACUUGUGCGUAAAGAGCAAAUCCCCACGCGAGCUUCAUCUGGGCGCUGGACAGCUGGAGUGGAUCAUCGUCCAGAUUUCGACAUUCAGAUAAUGUUUUUCUUUCCAGGUCUUCAAUUUUAUUUAGAGGAUAUAAUUUAAUGCUUGUAUAUGGGCUGGGAACGAGUCUUUAUGUAGUGUGCUAAAUGUGCUUUAAAGUGGAACCAAGAACAGAUGAAGAUCCAGACGAUGGGAUAUUAUUUAAGUAAUAUUUCAUUUAAUUUAUAAUAUUUAUAUUAAGAAUAAGAUGAUGGCUUUCUAAAAAAAAAAAAAUUUUCAAUGGUAAGUAUGUUACAGAGAGAUCUUCCUAUCCUAAUAAAUAGCUUCCUUUACUUGCAUACUCAUUGUGUUUAAUUUGAUUAUUUUAUCCAUUUUUGCAUGUGAUCAUCAAUCGUCGUUCAAUGGUAAUCUUCCACCAAUAAAGCCAAAUCCAAACUAAAUGGGUUUUAAACUGUUUAUUUACAUUUCAAUUAUACAUGGCUUCAUGAAAUAACCAUCUGGUGAUAUGAGGGGACCACAGGGGCCCAUCGGCACACAUCUCUGUUUAUCUGUGCUGAAUGGGUACUUUAAUAAUAAAUGACCCCCCCCUUUAAAAAUUCAUUUAUUUUGUUGCUGGCUCUGUUGAUGAUUGUAUCAGUUACCAUCUGUUAGGAACAACUUAUAUGAUGGGACAUUAAUGUCUCCGGUCUGUCUGGGUGAGACAAACAACCCUCUUCUAAUUCCUCAUUGGCUGUAGUGGAGGUGGGACAUGAUCAGAUUGGGUAGUGGCAUCUCAUUGGUAAAAAAAAUAAUAAAGAGAAAGGUUAUUAUACACUUACCAAACCAGAUAUUCAGAUAUGUCAAGCUUAUAUUUACCAUAUAGCUCAACCUUAAAACCUUGUGUUAAAAAAAAAACCACAAAUAAAAUUCUUACUCUUAUACUGUCAGAGUCUCGAUCAUAAGCAAAUUAAUAAAUGCAAUGAUAUUUUGUAGGUGAUAGCCAUAUACAAGUAUGUACUAUUUAAAGCAACAGUCUAGCCAGCGUAUCCAUCUGUCUCCAUCUGUGCACUCCACCUUCUGGAGACGAAAGAAUGUGAAAAAUGAAGAUUUACUCAUUGUACCUAAGCUUUGCCCAAAGUAAACUCAUGACUGUCUUGAGGGUGUGCUCGAGCCUUUAUUUACUCCGCCUAGUGAUGCUAUAGACAACAUGUGAAGACAGGGAAACACACGCUUAUCUAGUUUAUUGAAAACAUAGUCACAUGGUUUAAAAAAAAAUGAUUGUAAGUAAGAGGAGGAGGAAGUGAGCACAGAAAAGCGGCAUUCUUACCUGACACAGUUUUACUCUCCCAAUAUGCUCACACUGUUACCAAUGAAUUUAUUUAACACUUCUGUGAACGUGGGCACCUGUCGGAGGAACUGACUCGGCCACAGAGGCCUCACUGAAGGAGAUGACACAAAACGGGACUGUAGCCGGCAAUGGCACUCAUAUGGAUGAACUUAAAAUUGUGAUCGUUGGAGAUGGGGGUUGUGGAAAGACAUCACUGCUCAUGGUCUAUGCCAAAGGAGACUUUCCAGAGAAAUAUGCACCAUCUGUGUUUGACAAAUAUGUCACCACUGUGUCUUACGGAGGUAAAGAUAUUCAGCUGAACCUUUACGAUACAGCAGGUCAAGAAGACUACGAUCGAUUGAGACCUCUCUCCUAUCAAGAUGUAAACCUUGUCAUCAUCUGUUACGACGUGACUAAUCCAACAUCUUUCGACAAUGUCACGAUAAAGUGGUACCCGGAGGUCCAUCAUUUUUGCCGCGACACCCCUAUUAUCCUUAUCGGAUGCAAGACGGACCUCAGAAAGGAUAAAGAGAAGAUGAGAAAACUCAAAGCCUUGGAUAUGGCUCCCAUCACCUACAUCCAGGGCGAAGAGACCCAGAAGCAACUGAACGCUGAGGUAUACCUGGAGUGUUCGGCUAAAUACAGAGAAAACGUAGAGGACAUUUUCAGAGAAGCCACUAAGCGGGCGUUAGCGGCCAGGGCCAAAGCAAGACACGCCCGAAAAAAGAGGAAACGCUGCAGCAUCCUGUGACCACUGCAUAAAACACAUGUUAACUUUUGUGAUAUUUAAUGAAUGUUUAAAACAAAUGAAAAAAAAAUGGCUGAGCCGUCUGAAAGGAUGUGGUUUACAUGCACGGCUUAGUGACUGACGGCGGGAACCACGUGGAUUUUAAUGAACUAAGCCACUUCCUUCUUUGCAUGUUUUUGACUAUACGACCUGAUAAAAUCCAAAGACGGGAAUCCAAAGAGAUGAAAAAUUAACGUAAAUGCUGCUGCUGUUUCAGAAAAGACCACAGACUGAUUAUGGGAUGUCCACAAACAAUUUACACUCAAAAAAAGUUAUUUAACCAAAGCUGGGUUGUUUUAAUCCAUUGUUUGGUCAAAUAUGAACACUUUCUGGGUUAAUUUAAUUUAACCCAACGACUGGGUUUGAUCCAUUAUGACUCAUGAACGGUGUGUAAAAAAUGGCAUUUUUUUAGGGUGUAGUCUGUUGUGAUAGUGCACACAACUACUGAAGUUCACUUGCUUGUACAUCGUGCACUGGGAUGUAAUGUGUUAAUGUUGUGCAAUUUGCAUGAUUUUCAUACACAACAGUUGCUGUUUGUGUAAAAGUUGCACAAAAACCUACUGUGGUUGAACCAUGGUACAGUUAAAGUGUCAAAAAUUUAGAUCUACGCUAUGCUACUUAAUGAAUGCCAUAUUCAUGUACAUUGUGUUUACAUUGAACACCUAUGGUAUGAAUACCAUGGUGUUACCAUAGUACGUGGUAGUACUGUGAUCAUUUUAUGUUAAUGCUGUCUUGGUUUCCAUUAUUUUCUAGAAAUAUGAAUUUGUAGAUCACAUUUCAAAGGAUUUUUAUUCUUUUCAUUUAACAAUUUAUAAAUUAUUUUCAGCCCAGCAUUGGGCCAGAAAGCGAUGAACCCAACCGUUUGAAAUUUAAUUUGACCUGUGUUGGGUUGUUUUAACCUCAAAUAUUAAUAUUUUUAAACCCAAUGGCUGGGUUUAUCCUUUUUUUUUACCCUACAGUGGGUUAACAAAUAGGCCAGCACUUUUUAAAAGUACUCACCUGUUAAAAAAGCAUUUUUAUUCUGUGUAGGCUACAGUGUAAACCAUUUUCUGUCCCACCAAAUGUUUAGAUUGCACAAAUAAACAAGUGAAACCAUAUUUAAAGCUAUAUAGUGUUUGUGUGUGUAUUAGGGCGGCACAAGAUUAAUCGCGAUUAAUCGCAUACAAAAGAAAUGUUUGUGUUUGCAUAAUAUAUUUGUGUGUGUUGUGUGUUAUUAUUAUGAAACACACACAUAUAAAUAUUUAUUUAUUUAUUUUAUUUAUGCAUUUUAUAUAUAUAUAUAUAUAUUAUAUUUAUUUUAUAUAUAAAUUAUUAUAUUUAUUUUAUAUAUCUUCAUAUAUACACAUGUAGAUACAUGCAUUUGUAUUUAUAAAUACAAAAUAAUUACACACAAUGCACACACAUAAAUUAUGCAAAAACAAACUUUUUUGUUUGCGAUUAAUCACGAUUAAUCUUUUGACAGCUCUUGUGUGUAUCCAUUGUGCAUUUGUUUCAUGUUCAAUGUUACAAUCAUCAAAUUCAAUACUGCCAAGAGUCUUUGCUUUUCCUGGCCUAUUUGUCAACGGUGGGUUGACAAAUAGGCCAGCACUUUUUAAAGUACUCACCUGUUCAAAUAAAGUGUUUUUUUGUGUGUAGGCUACAGUGUAAACCAUUUUCUGUCCCAAUCCGUGUUUAGAUUACACCAAUAAACAAGUGAAACCAUA